AUGAAAUUGAGAGAGGGCAAUCACCAUGACGUAUUAUUGGCUGAAAAGAUGCGGUACAAUGAACAACUGAAGCAAAUAGAAGAAGCCAAUCAUAAGGAAGAGAUGCAGCGUAAAUCAGGAUGGGAGAGCAUGAAAAAUGAAUUGCAGAACCAGUUGCAGAAAAUGACCGAUCGGUGCCAAGAGUUGGAGAGAGAAGUUAUUCAGCUUAAGUCAGAAAAUAUUGUAACCAUCAAGAAGGCCGAAGAGGAUGUAAACCAAGCCAAAAUGAAGAUUCUAUCAGAAAAGAAUCAGUAUCAACAACAACUGGAGGAAAAAUUGUUGGAUCUUGAAAGCCACAAACAAAACUUGAAACUGGAAUUGGAAAACCUACGAAAGCAUUUGGACAUGGCGAACAAAGAACUUAGCCAGAAAGAUGCAGAAAAAGAGGUAGAAAUCAACAGAGUGAAAGCCGAAUUGCAGAAGAAAGAGAAACAAUUGGAUGUGGAGCAGGAGAAGCUUCUGGAACAGAAAAACCAGGUUUUCAUACUGGAACAGAAAAUGAACGAGCAAAGCAGUCGGCACCAUGUAUCACUUGAACAAAAAGACCGGGAACUUUUUGAAUUACGUGAAAGGCUUUAUGCCAAAGGGAGUCAACUAAACUGCCUCUGUGAAGAAGUUUCUCAACGGGCCCAGUCUCUACAGGCAGCCGUCAACAAAACACACAUUGGCCAAUCUAGCUAG